AUGGCCAACGUGCCAACAAAAUUGAGUUUUUCCGUCCGGAGCAUUCUGGAUCUUCCCGAGCAUGAGUCCGAGGCGGCUCCAGUCCUCUCGCGCCCCAGCUCGCACUAUUCCUCCUGGAUAGACUACGGCGGGAGUCCUUAUAUGUCUUCGGACGAAGGCGGCCUUGAGGCGUCCCCCGAUUCCACCAAACCCGAAGAAUCCGCCGCGGACUCAGAGUCCGACCAGAACUCAUCCGCCAACAGUAAGAAGAAGAAACGCCGCGUGCUCUUCUCCAAGGCCCAGACCUUCGAGCUCGAGCGACGGUUCCGCCAGCAGCGGUACCUGUCGGCCCCGGAGCGCGAGCAUCUAGCGCACCUGCUCGGCCUGACGCCGACGCAGGUGAAGAUCUGGUUCCAGAACCACCGCUACAAGAUGAAGAGAGGACGCGCCGAGGCCUCGCAGGAAAUGGCCCAAUCUCAAAUGCUGCGCAGAGUCGUCGUGCCGAUUCUGGUUCGGGACGGAAAGCCUUAUCAGAGCUCCUUAUUUGACGCGGAUCGGGACGGUUGCAUGGCGCCCGGUGCCUCUCACGCACCCUCCUUCUCCAUGGCGUCCUACCCGUCUUUCCAGCACGCGUCCACGGUCGCCCUCGCGCCCAGAUACCAGCACUUUGCCAGCCCAGCCGAAUCCAGACAUGCGUUCGUGUGGAGAGACCUUUGGAACAAUUCAGUUCACUUCAGUGCCUUUAAGUAA